UUCAAAGUAGUAGACAUGUUUAAAGCUUUGUUUGACAGAUUUUUAAUCCCAUUUUCCCUUUCUUUAAUCAUAUGCAUUUCUUUUUCUUUUCAGACAACAAAGACUUCACAAAAGAGAGGAAAAAGCAAAAGCACAGAAGACAGUGAGGAACCUGUACCAAAGAGGAAGAGAAUAAUGCAGUUGAGUGAUUCAGAAUCCAGUAGUGAUGAAGAAGGUGAGGGUGAGGAAGAAAACCCCUUCCCUCCGAGCCCACCCCCUGAGCCUACUCGCAUUGAGUCCGACUCCGAGGAAGAUAUUCCACCCACACCGCAGCCCGAAUCCAAAGUGGAUCUGAUGCGGAGCGAAACACGAGGAAGGAGGAAGAAGCUUGUUGAUAAGACCUUUAUGGAUGAGGAAGGCUUCAUUGUCACCAAGAAGGAGUAUGAAUAUGUAAGUGACUCAGAAGGAGAAGAUCCCCUGCCUGUGAAGGAAAUUAUCUUGCCACAAAAGCAAGCGACUCCCCCUCAGUCUUCAAAGAACGCAUCGCCGAAGAAGGAAGAGAGCAAACCUCGAGUGUCACCUGUCAAGAAGAAGCAAGCUAAUAUUAUGAAUUUUUUCAAAAAGAAGUAGCAGAAAGGCUAGAAAUUAGGGUUGCAAGAAAGGGUAAAGGAUAGUAGGAGUUAACUUGCAGCCUUUCCUACUCCUACUUUUGUUUAUGAAUAGAUUUUAUUCGAAAGCAGUUUGGGGCUGCUUCAAUAGAUAAGGAAAUAUGAAUGCAUUUGUAAGUAAAUAAAAAUAACAACUCUUUCUCAACUUUAUUUACUCAAUAUUAUAGCUUUAGAAUAACCGAGAGAAUUUCAUUAUAUACAGAAUUACCGGUGACAAAGCCUAAAAUCUUGAAUGACAUGCAUUUCAAGACAUGUUAAAAUUUGAGAUACUUUUGGAAAACUGAAAUAUCCAGUGAACUACUAGUAGUAUUAUCCUAUGUUAUUUUAAUGUUUUUGUUUUUAUUAUUUAUCAUUAUUUAUUUUGUUAUGAUUAUUAUCAUUAUUAUUAUUAUUAUUAUUAUUAUUAUUAUUAUUAUUAUUAUUAUUAUUAUUAUUAUUAUUGUUACUAUUACUAUUACUAUUACUAUUACUACUACUAUUACUAUUACUUCUACUAUUACUACUACUAUUACUACUACUAUUACUUCUACUAUUACUACUACUAUUACUACUACUAUUACUACUACUAUUACUACUACUAUUACUACUACUACUACUACUACUACUACUACUACUACUACUACUACUACUACUACUACUACUACUACUACUAUUACUACUAUUACUAUUACUACUACUACUUCUUCUACUACUAUUACCUCUUCUACUUCUACUGUUACUACUACUUCUACUACUAUUACUACUUCUACAAUUACAACUAUUACUACUUAUACUACUACUACUAUUACUACUUAUACUACUACUACUACUACUACUACUACUACUACUACUACUACUAUUUUUAUUAUUAUUGUUAGUAUUAAGAGUAUUGUUAUUGCUGUUAUCAUUAUUAUUGUUAAGGUUUCUUAUAUUUCAUUACAUUUGAUAAUUUUCAUUAUUUAGCACAGAGAAAACUUAUUGGCAAAAUGACAUUUGAAGAUUUUCAGCCUAGUAUGAUUUCACAAAAUUGGUUGUUGUUCAAGCUUCUCCAUGUAUGUAUUAUCUUGUAAGUUAAUAAUGUUGAGGGCAUAUUGCAUUGAGAAAUACAUUUUGUAUAUGAUUAAUUGUCAUAUGAUAUUAAUAUUAAAGUUUUUUUAAGAAAGUUA